UGCACGUAUAACAUUUACUUUCUUUUACAAGUACAUACACAAAAAAGAGCUAUGUCAACAUCUAACACAACCAUUAUUCAUUUCACACAUCAUAAACCCUAUUAAAAAGCUCUCUACCUCCUUUAGCUUCCUUCCCAUUUCUCAUUUCUCAUUUCCAAUUUUUAUCUCUAAUUUUAUUUUUAAUUUUUUUUAUAAUUCUCGCCUUCAUGAACAUCAAAAAGUCAUCACCAUCGCCACCAGCAACAGCACCGCCAUCGCCGCAAGGGCUAACAAAAGAAGAAUACACCACCUUACAACCCUUAAUCCAAUCUUACCAUACCUUCCACCCUACCCCACCAAACACCACCACCUCCCUUAUAACUCAACGUAUCGACGCCCCGGCGGCAGUCAUAUGGCCGUACGUCCGGCGUUUCGACAACCCGCAACGCUACAAACACUUCAUUAAGAGUUGCCGUCUCACCUCCGGAGACGGAUCCUCCGUAGGAAGUGUUCGAGAAGUUAGCGUUGUUUCCGGCCUCCCCGCCUCCACCAGCACGGAGCGACUUGAGUUACUCGAUGAUCAACGUCGAGUACUCAGCUUCCGUGUUGUUGGAGGUCAACACCGACUUCGAAACUAUAAAUCAGUAACCUCGGUUAACGAAUUUAAUAAUGUUUCAAAUAACAAUAACAAUAACAACAAUAAUAUCGACGAUAAAGUUUAUACGAUCGUGGUAGAAUCGUAUAUAGUGGAUAUCCCGGAAGGCAAUUCAGCUGAAGAUACUAAGAUGUUUGUUGAUACGGUUGUUAAGCUUAAUCUUCAAAAACUUGGAGUUAUUGCUAUGUCCGAUUUGCAAGGCAGUGAAUUGAGUGAUUAGUUGGAUACUUCUUCGUAACGGCAGAAGUAUAUAAACAUAUCAUGAGAUUAUAAUCAUCAGCUUUAAUUUGUUGACAUAGUAUCAGAAGCGAAUAUGCUCGAUAUAUUUUUUUAUUCAUGGAAGUUUGGCAUGGAUAUGGUGAUGGUUUUCAUUUUAGCUAGUAAGUUACUCCUAUCUAGGUUUUUUUUUUUUGCCUCCAAAAUAAUAGGAUUUAUAUUAUUGAGGGUUAUUUUUUUAUUUUAAUUUUAGUACUAUUUCAUUGACAUUUUGUGUGGAUUUUUUUGGUGGGAUAGUUCCUAUCAUUUGAUGAUUGCAAACCAAAAGGUAGAUGAUCUACAUACAUAAUCUCUUGUGCUCCAAAAUAAAUGUCAAUCUUUAUAUAGAUUGUCUUGUUGUAGUUGUUUAUUUAUCAUUAAUUCCUAAAUGGAUGGGAAUGUCAUCCAUUUUCAAAAAUAUAUAAUGUAAUAUUGUCCCUUUUUAAUUAAUAUUAUUUCU